AUGAAUGGAGAAGAGAAAAUCUAUGGUGUCUGGGAAGGCCCUGACGCCAUGGAUGUAAAAUUAAUAUCUUCUGAUGGCCAUGAAUUUAUUGUAAAAAGAGAACAUGCGUUAACAUCAGGAACAAUAAAGGCCAUGUUGAGUGGACCAGGUCAGUUUGCGGAGAAAGAAACCAAUGAGGUCAAUUUUAGAGAGAUCCCUUCGCACUUGCUCUCGAAAGUGUGCAUGUAUUUUACCUACAAGGUCCAUUACACUAACAGCUCCACCGAGAUUCCUGAAUUCCCAAUUGCACCCGAAAUUGCACUGGAACUGCUCAUGGCUGCGAACUUCCUAGAUUGUUAA